CCCUUUUUUUUUUUCUUUUCAUUUCCUUUUUUUUUAUAUAUAUAUAUAUUUAAUAGAAGAUGAUGUACGUUAUUAAAAGAGACGGCCGUCAAGAAACUGUUGCCUUUGACAAGAUUACAGCUAGAAUCAACAAGCUCUGUUAUGGUUUGGAUACCAACUUUGUUGACCCUGUCACUGUGACCCAAAAGGUCAUUUCUGGUGUUUAUCAAGGUAUUACGACGGUGAUGCUGGAUACCUUGGCCGCAGAGACUGCUGCCUAUAUGACCAUUAGUCAUCCCGACUAUGCUAUCUUGGCUGCUCGUAUUGCCGUCUCCAACUUACACAAGGAAACACACAAGUCAUUCUCCAAGGUCGUUGACGAUUUAUAUACCUAUAUCAAUCCCAAGAAUAACACUCAUUCACCCAUGAUUUCGGACACCGUUUACAAGGUUAUCCAAGACAACGCUGAACGUUUAAACUCGGCCAUCAUCUAUGAUCGUGAUUUCAACUUCAAUUUCUUUGGUUUCAGAACACUCGAAAGAUCCUACUUGCUUCGUAUCAAUGGUAAAGUCGCUGAAAGACCUCAACACUUGAUUAUGCGUGUUGCCAUUGGUAUUCAUCAAGAUGAUAUCGAGGCCGCUAUCGAGACUUACCAUCUCAUGUCUCAAAAGUACUUUUUACAUGCUAGUCCUACCCUCUUUAACGCUGGUACUCCUCGUCCUCAAUUAUCCUCUUGUUUCCUCUUGACCCCCAAGGCUGAUUCUGUCGAAGGUAUCUUUGAAACUCUCAAGCUCUGCUCCAAGAUCUCCAAGAGUGCAGGUGGUAUUGGUUUGAACGUGCAUGAUAUCCGUGCCUCAAACUCUUAUAUUGCUGGCUCUGGUGGUGAAUCCCACGGUCUUUUACCCAUGCUCAAGGUCUUCAACAGUACUGCACGUUAUGUCGAUCAAGGUGGUAACAAGCGUCCUGGUGCCUUUGCCAUCUACCUCGAACCUUGGCACGCCGAUGUCUUUACCUUUUUGGACUUGCGUAAGAAUUUUGGUCGUGAUGAGAUUCGUGCUAGAGAUAUGUUCUAUGCACUUUGGAUCCCUGAUCUCUUUAUGCAACGUGUUGAAGAAAACGGUACCUGGUCUCUCUUCUGUCCCAACGAAGCUCCUGGACUCUCUGAUGUCUGGGGUGACGAAUUCGUUGCUCUUUACACCAAGUAUGAACAACAAGGUCUUGCUCGUGAAACCAUGCCUGCCCAAAAGCUCUGGUAUGCCAUCAUGGAAACUCAAACUGAGACGGGUAACCCUUACUUGCUCUACAAGGAUGCUUGUAACCGUAAGAGUAACCAACAAAACUUGGGUACCAUCAAGUGUAGUAACUUGUGUACCGAAAUUGUUGAAUAUUCCAGCCCUGAUGAAGUGGCUGUUUGUAACUUGGGUUCGCUUGCUUUACCUUCCUAUGUUAAGGACGGUGUCUAUGAUUUCCAAAAGUUGCAUGAUGUCGCCAAGGUCUUGACCAAGAAUUUAAACAAGGUCAUCGACAUGAAUUACUAUCCCGUUGAAGAAGCUCGUAACUCCAACAUGCGUCAUCGUCCUAUUGGUUUAGGUGUCCAAGGUUUAGCCGAUGCCUUCAUCUUGAUGCGUUAUCCCUUUGAAUCCAAGGAAGCCAAACAAUUGAAUUUAGAGAUUUUCGAAACCAUUUACCAUGCUGCUUUAGAAGCUUCUUGUGAACUUGCACAAAAGUACGGUACUUAUCAAACCUAUGAAGGCUCUCCUGUCUCCAAGGGUAUCUUGCAAUACGACAUGUGGAAUGUCACACCUACCGAUAAAUGGGAUUGGGAUACCCUUAAGGCUAACAUUGCCAAGCACGGUGUUCGUAACUCCCUUCUUUUGGCUCCUAUGCCUACCGCCUCCACCUCUCAAAUCUUGGGCUUCAACGAAUGUUUCGAGCCUUACACAUCCAACAUUUACAUGCGUCGUGUCUUAUCUGGUGAGUUCCAGAUUGUCAACCAAUGGCUUAUGAAGGAUCUUGUCGAAAUGGGUAUCUGGAACGAUAAGGUCAAGAACAAGAUUAUGAACGAUGAUGGAUCUGUUCAAGGAGUAGCUGAAAUUCCUCAACACCUCAAGGAUCUUUACAAGACAGUCUGGGAGAUCUCUCAACGUACGAUUAUUGAUUUGGCAGCUGAUCGUGGUGCCUUUAUCGAUCAAAGUCAAUCGAUGAAUUUGUUUAUUGGUAAGCCCAAUUUGGGUAGAUUGACCUCUAUGCAUUUCUACGCUUGGAAGAAGGGAUUGAAGACCGGUCAAUAUUACUUGCGUAUUCGUCCUGCUGUGGAUGCUAUCAAAUUCACAGUCGAUCAAAACGCCAUUGAUAGUUACGAUGCUGAAAAUGAGGUCCAAAAGGUCGCAGUUGAAAAGGUUGAAGAAGGUGAUUUGCAAAGUAGAAUGCCUGUUGUUUGUGAUGAAGAUGUCUGUGUCAGCUGUAGCGCUUAAAAAAAAGAAUUUACUUUUGACACCUUUUCCCCAACACACACACACUUUCCUCAAAAAAAACCCCCAUUUUUCAUCUCACUAAAAUACACACACACAAACACAUCCCCCCCCCCCCCAUCUCUUGUAAUAUAGUAUAAACAUUUUAAUAUUUGCUCUUAAAU